AGAGGCUGAGGCAGACAGCUCUCUGUGAGUUCAAAGGCAGCUUGGGCUACAUAACAGGUGUCAGGCCAGUCAGAGCUGCACAGAGAGACUUUGUCCUCUAGGGUUUAAAAAAAAAAAAAAAAAAAAAAAAACAAAAAAAAACAAAAAAACAAACAAACAAACAAACAAAAAAAACCAACCCAAGCCGGGCGUGGUGGCGCACGCCUUUAAUCCUAGCACUUGGGAGGCAGAGGCAGGCGGAUUUCUGAGUUCUAGGCCAGCCUGGUCUACAAAGUGAGUUCCAGGACAGCCAGACCUACACAGAGAAACCCUGUCUCGAAAAACCAAAAAAAAAAAAAAAAAAAAAAAAAAAAAAAAAAACCCACAAGAAAAUGAGGGUGGUUGUUGUUUUGUUUUGUUUUGAGACAAGAUCUCACAAUGUAACCCUGGUUUUCCUGGAACUUGCUGAGUAGAGAACUGGUCUUGAACUCACUGAGAACUACCUGGCUCUGAGAUUAAAGACAGGUGCCAUCAUGUCCAGUCAGAUGGAAGUGUCUCUGUGUGUGUGUCCCUGUCCCCACCUGAAAAGGUGCUAAAUUACCCCCAUCUGAAUUUGGUGAAAACUUUGGUCUAAGGUAAUAGAAUAAUAGCCUCAGAAUCAAAACGAGCAGUUUCCCCCCAAGAGUCAGUGCUCUGGGGCUCACAUCUUUGCAGGGUGGGAUGGUGGAGUCCCACUAGCUGAACCGCACAUAGUAGGUGCUUAACAAACAGUCAUGGAAGCAGCCCCCGAUUUUCCUUGGCAAAUUCUGGCUCAAGUCUACCUUGGCUCCCAAAACUCGAGCGUGGGCAAACUGCAAAGCUCGGCUGAGCAGCGCAGUGCACUUGGCUCUGACCCUGCCAGGCGCUCGGAGGGCGUGACGCGCUGCCCGCACGUCUCCUCCCCGUCCUUUGGCCUCCCAGAAGAGCGCAACGAACGACUCCCACGUCCUCGGCUUCAUUCCGCUCAGCAAGGAACGCGAGCUGGACCCCCGACGAGGCCCGGGGCUGACGGAGCGGUGAGAGGAGGAUGCGCGGGCUGGGAUGCGGUUGGGAGGAUGCGCAGGACAGCCUAAGCUAACCAGCCAGGAGUCGUAGCUGGCAGGAGGGCGAGCGGUCAAGUGGGCAGGCGAACAAGCCGGCGGGCGGGCGGCUGCCGGGGCGCGGCCGCGGAUCCGGGUAGCCUCCGGGCGGCCACAUCAGCGGCUCUCCGCGGGCCCAGCCGGCUGCGCGCGUGCGCGGGGCGGGGCGGGGUGCGCGCGAGUGGCCGCGGGCAUCGGGCGACUGUCAGUGGCAGCGAGGAGGCGAGGCGGGCCCGCGGGGCUGGGCCGGGCUCACCGACUCCCAGAGCGUCGCCGCGCUCGGGCUCGGCGCAGGCUGCCGCGGCGGGAGCGGAGACAGAGGCACGGCUAGGUGUGGGAGGGCGGUGGUGCGGCCGGAUGCUGGAGCCUCGCCCGGCGGGACCCGAGGCCGCCCCGUUCUGUCCAGCCCUGCCCGCCGCUGCCCGGCUCCGGUGGCCGUGACUGGGGGCGCGCGCCGAGGGAUGGAGGAAGAUUGAAUUCCUCUCUUAAACGUCUGGAUUUUUUUCUUUUUCUUUUUUUUUUUUAACCAGUGGAAACUUUUUCUACCUAGUGGUCAAUGGCUUAAUUUGAACAAGCGUUGCUGUGGCUUUGGUUCCGCUGUGCUUUUGGAAGCUUGGGUCUGAAGGAUACAGGUCUUUUUGUGAUGACAAUAUGACCCACAGUAAAGGAAGACCUGUCACUUACAAGACAAGUGCCAGUCCGGAGAGUGGAGGAGGUUUUGUAGAUUGGACUUUAAAUUUAAAUACAAUUCAAUCUGACAAGUUUUUGAACUUACUUUUAAGCAUGGUGCCAGUCAUUUACCAGAAAAAUCAGGAAGACAGGCAUAAAAAAGUAAAUGGCAUCUGGCAGGACGGGCUGUCGGGUGCAGCACAGACCUUCAGCAAGAGAUCAGAGCCACAUCUGGACUACCACGAGUUCUCAGAGCAAGCCUUCCACAGCAGCAGCAGUGGGCACACUCCAGCCAGCUGCAGCCCCAAGUACGAUGACUAUGCUGGCUAUAACUACUGUGACGGGAGGGAGGCUUCGGAAACCACCGCCAUGUUACAGGACGAAGAUCUGUCCAGCGAGGGCGAUGAUGUUAUUGUGGAAACAAGCCAGAGGAUUCCAAAGGAGUCCAGUGGGGUCAUGGCUCUGCAGAUAUUGGUGCCAUUCUUGCUGGCUGGGUUUGGAACGGUUUCUGCUGGCAUGGUUUUGGACAUAGUGCAGCACUGGGAGGUGUUCAAAAAUGUGACAGAAGUCUUCAUUUUGGUCCCCGCGCUUCUUGGUCUUAAAGGAAACUUGGAAAUGACGCUGGCUUCUCGAUUAUCUACUGCAGUAAAUGUUGGGAAGAUGGACUCACCCAUUGAGAAGUGGAAUCUAAUCAUUGGCAACUUGGCUUUAAAGCAGGUUCAGGCCACAGUGGUUGGCUUUUUAGCAGCUGUGGCAGCCAUCAUACUGGGCUGGAUUCCAGAAGGGAAGUAUUACCUCAGCCAUUCCAUACUUCUGUGCUCCAGCAGUGUGGCAACGGCCUUCAUCGCAUCUCUACUGCAGGGAAUAAUAAUGGUUGGUGUUAUCGUUGGCUCCAAGAAGACUGGCAUAAACCCUGACAACGUGGCCACACCCAUUGCUGCUAGUUUUGGUGAUCUGAUAACUCUCGCCAUAUUAGCUUGGAUAAGUCAGGGUUUGUACUCCUGUCUUGAGACAUAUUAUUACAUUUCCCCAUUAGUGUGUGCCUUUUUCUUGGCUCUGACUCCUAUCUGGAUUAUAAUAGCUGCCAAGCACCCAGCUACCAGGACAGUGCUCCACUCAGGCUGGGAGCCUGUCAUAACAGCCAUGGUUAUAAGCAGCAUCGGGGGCCUUAUUCUGGACACAACUGUAUCUGACCCAAACUUGGUUGGGAUUGUUGUUUACACGCCAGUUAUCAACGGGAUCGGUGGCAAUUUGGUGGCCAUUCAGGCUAGCAGGAUUUCUACCUACCUCCAUUUACAUAGCAUCCCCGGAGAACUACCUGAGGAGCCCAAAGGCUGUUCCUACCCAUUUAGGACAUUUUUUGGUUCAGGAGUGAACAAUAAGUCUGCCCAGGUUCUCCUGCUCUUCGUGAUCCCGGGCCACUUGAUCUUCCUCUACACAAUUCACCUGAUGAAGAGUGGCCACACCUCUCUGACUGUAGUCUUUGUUGUUGUGUACCUGUUUGCUGCUGUGCUGCAGGUGUUCACCCUGCUGUGGAUCGCCGACUGGAUGGUCCAUCGCUUCUGGAGAAAAGGAAAGGACCCAGACAGUUUCUCCAUCCCGUACCUCACGGCGCUGGGCGAUCUGCUUGGGACUGCUCUGCUGGCCUUAAGCUUCCAUUUUCUCUGGCUCAUUGGAGACCGAGAUGGAGACGUUGGAGACUAAUGGGACCUAGAAGCUGUCGUGGGGUCACACAGGGGAAGGAUACAGGCAGCCAUUGCUGCCCCUCCCCAAAGCUCUUCAUCUGUCCUGUAACUUAUGCCAGGGUAGUCUGCAGUUCACCCUGACUCCGUAAAUGGCCUUAAUGUACUUUUUAAGGAAUUUGUGCCGAAACCACAAUGAAUGGUAUUUGUGCUGCUUUUUGUAGAAUAAAUAAUUUGACACAGACAUAGAUACAAGCUCACAUUCUAAAGUUAAUUAGGAAAGAAUUUAGGAUGUUUACAAUGAGUUAAUUUUGAAACCACAGACCUAGCAGAAAUAGACUUUAUUAUUAAGUUAUAAUGCACAGUUAGAGGCAAGGGAGUGUUAGCCUUGUCUUACAGCUGUGUCACACUACAGAGUGCCAUGACUGAUGUGACGGGGGCCAGCUGAACGUCCCUAAGUGUUCAUUAGGCCUUCCUCCCUGGGAGCUAAGGUUACCAGUUACUUAACUCACAAUACCCCUCCCACUGAACAUAACAACCAGCUCACUUUUACCCAUAUCUAAAACUGCCCUGCGCCAACGUUCAUCUCUGCUCAGCGAGUUCUCAACAGCUAACCCUUUAGUAGAUUUGUUUAUUCUUUCGUGGAGACAGGGCUUGCUAUGUUGUCCCUGUAGUCUUUUCACUUGCAGUCCCCCUUGCUUUGGCUCCCUUCUCCUGGUGCUAAAAGCACUGAGCUGUCUCGCUCAUCCUGUGUUGAAAAAGGUUGAUCCGAUUUAGAAAACCGUGAUUAAAGCAGAAGGUGUGCUGAGCUGUGUUUGUGGGCCCAAGAUGGAGUGCGUGCGUGUGCGCAUGUGUGAGGGACAGGCCCGAGAAAGACAGAGACAAAGUAGUUUCUUUCUCAAAAAUGAGUACCAUUUAAUAUAAUGCAGACCUAGGAUCUGGGACGUGCAGGUGGUCCUGUUGCCCUUUAAGGCGCCCUACCUGUUGGAUGUCCCAAGUUGGCGGCUUACCUCAGCAUCUACUGCAUCAGGGCUCCAUCUCCUGGGACCGCCUCAUGGCCGUGGCUGCGCUCCUCAGAUGUCUUUCUGAACGUAAGCACCUAACCCCUGGCUAUUCAGUAGUAAGCACUUUAAAAUUGCCCGGCAAUCGUUCAAGGCCGUUAAAUAUUUAAUAAUUUAAACUGCUGAGGGCAUGGACUCCGCAUGACGUUGAUUGUCAUGGCGAGGUUGUGCUGGUGAAGAACUAGCAGGUAGCUUGUAAAUAUACUGAGGAAGUUUCUCACUAAAUCUUUAUGGAGGCUGUGGUUUAGAGUUGUAUAUUUUUGCUUAUUUUUAAACUUCGUUCAAUUCUCCUGCCUUAUAAUCAAACAUUUAAGGCAUAGAACGGAAUGAAUUACAGGAUCUCUCCUUUGGAGAGUUAGUGUCACGGAGUGACCAUUCUGACAAAAUAAGCAUAAAGUUUAAGUUGAUGAAUAAGUAUUUAGUUGCAAAGAUUAUUUUAUUUAAAAAUUAAUGAAUACUACCUUUCAUUUUAUUAUAAAAGCAUUUGUGAAUUUGGGUUUUGCAUUUGGCUGUACAUUCUUUUGGUUUUUGUUUUGUUUUGUUUUGUUUUGUUUUGUUUUGUUUUGUUUUUGAGACAGAGUCUUGCCCAGGCUUAAACUUCAGCUCCACCUGCCUUAGCCUGUUGGGAUUCAUUUUCUUUAACUCACAAAGAGUAUGCAGAGUAAGCCCCAGUGUUAGCCUGGUUGGCAGUGUUAGGCAUAUUCCUAAGCACGGGAAGAUGUGUGAGCUACCGUGUGUGGUGCUGACAGCCUCGCCUGGCAGGUGGGUUGAAUGGAGACUCCUGUCUGUGUUUUAUCAAGGGGGAAAUACAGAGGAGUGACAUUUGUAAGAUUUCACAGCUAUGCAGGGAACAGACUCUUCACAUGUGUGUCCCACCCCCAGAUGUGCAAAGGGUCUACCUAGUUAGCUGAGAAAAAGCCCAAUCAAGUGUUACUAGUCUUUUAGAUUGGCAGCAGGGAAACCUCCACCUAGUGUGGACCAACUGUGAACUCUCCCCGUUCCUAAGGUCAGAGAGACUGUAUAUGAACAUUUACCUUAUAAAAUAUUUUUUAUUUUAUAAUGAAGACCUUUAGACUAAAGAACAAUGCCUCGAUUCUUCAGGCCUCCAAGAGCCAGCCCUCUUCCUAGAUCUGCUGUGUCAGGCAGUAGAGGCUUUAUCGGAACAGCAAAAUAUCUAAGACACAUGUAGUGGGCAGAAAUAGACUCGGACUGAAUGCAUUGUGAAGGGAUAUGCACUGUUAAUUACAGAUCUUUGAAAGUCUCUGUGUAAGUAUGUAAGUUUUAUUUAUCCAUAAAAAGGUAAAUGAAUAAUAUUUUUAUACCACACAAACCCUGCUUUCCAAAACUGGUUUCCCACUAACUUACCAGGCACAUUAUACACACAGCCAAAAAAGAUCAUAUUUUUUUAAUUCUUGACCAUCCACUUAUUUUGAAAUUUCCAAACAAAGUUUCUUAGAAGCUAGUAAGAUAGAAACACGCGGAGGCAUGUCUUAUGGAGAUGUCAGAAAGUGUUGCAUCAGAGAUUGUCUGUGAUGUAGCCAAAUGCAUCUUUUAAACGUCUGUCAGUGGUGGGGUGUGCCUACCUUCCCUGUUUCUGAAGUAUAGUUUACCCACUAGUAGUGGGAUCUGGCACCUUGGGAUUGCUGUAAACCCAAAUCAAAAUAAAAAUUGAGAAGCA